AUGCUUCAUUCAGAAUACAAGUAUAUUGAAAUUAGUAAGCUUGUCUGGGAGAUUUGGACUAAUGUUGUAAAGACUACAUGUAAACAAACCAGUGAUGACCAACUUAAAAAAGAAAUUAAAGAUUAUUUAAACAAUUUCAAAUCAAAAAAUGACAAUAAUGAUAACCAGGAGGAUCUAUUUUUAGAAAUUUGUAAGUUUAAUUAA